AUCAUUUGAAAAAGAAAAAACCUUCGUUCUUAGAAAUAACAUAUGUCCAGAAAAUACGAAAAUAAAAGAAUAUGAAGAUGAUAUAUAUAUGCAAGCAUUACCGAAAAAUGAAUUGAAAUUCCUCGCAUCGAUCAGACAAUGGGAACGAAAAAUGGGAUUUAUUACACCAAUAAGAUGGACAAAUGCAAUUUUAAUAUCCUCAUUUCAUAUCAUGGCUGUAAUUACAUUCCUUUACACAUUUUCCUCUGGGAUGGUACCGACGUGGGAAACUGUAUUUUUCGGUUUCCUGUGUGGGUGGAUCGGUGGAUUUGGUGUCACCGCUGGAGCACAUCGAUAUUGGACCCACCGAGCUUACAAGGCCAAGAUACCACUGCAAAUUAUACUUAUAAUUGCGUAUUCCGUGGCCGGUCAGAACAGUAUACCAAACUGGGUUCGAGACCAUCGCGUCCACCACAAAAUGUCAGAAACGUCAGCGGAUCCUCACGACGCUAACAGAGGUUUCUUCUUCUCCCACGUCGGCUGGCUGAUGAUGAAGAAGCAUCCUGACGUCGUUAAAGAAGGGAAAAAAAUAGAUAUGAGUGAUAUAUUAGAGGAUCCUCUCGUCAGGUUUCAUACAAAAUAUUUCAAUACGUUUAAAAUUCUAUUUUGUUUCGUGAUACCAAUACUGAUUCCAACGUAUAUGUGGAAGGAAACAUUAUUCAUAUCUAUCACUGCGAGUCUGGUACGGUAUAUGAGUAACCUGAACUGCACUUGGGCUGUAAAUAGCGUCGCACAUAUUUGGGGUCAGAAACCUUAUGACAUCAAUAUUACCCCGGUGGAAAAUUGGAAAGUUUCUAUCGUGGCCAUGGGAGAAGGCUGGCACAAUUAUCACCAUACGUUUCCAUGGGACUAUAAAGCAUCUGAACUGGCUUACUUUAUAAAUGUGACGACAUUUUUGAUUGAUAUCUUUGGUAAAAUCGGUUGGGCCUAUGAUUUUAAAGUAGCUUCACCAGCCUUAGUGAAAGCAGUGAUUAGAAAACGAGGACCAAGGUUUUGAUAACUUGCAAUAUUUUAAAUAAAUCG